AUGGAUUCUGAUUACGGCGUCCCCAGAGAGCUGUCGGAUCUCCAGAAGAAGAGAGCCGAGUACCACCCAGAGAUACCCCCAUGUCUUCAGGUUCUUCUUCUUCUUUGUCUUCUUCACUCCCGUUGACUGAUCUCCUUCCUCUCUCCCUCUGGUGCAUUCAUCUUUUUUGGCAGAUGUAUACAACCGAUCGGCGUUUAUUUGAUGUAGUGGGAACGUGUAAUGUGUCUCAUGCAUUCGUUCUUCUGUUCCCUACUGUCUCGACUUCAUUAUGAUGUGUGGGUGUGAUAUGGAACUAAUUCCGGUUUACGGCCCAGUAGUUCCGCAACUACUACCGUGGUUGUUGCCACCGGGGAUUCCCCAUGCCGAAAGGUAACGGGGCCGGCCGUUAGGUCCAAACUUGUAUGCCACUGCUGUGGUGCCGAUAGAUUCACUACUUCAGCGCCGUUAUCGGACACAUAUUUUUUCAGUUUGCCUCAGAUUCGGGCAACUUUUUUUUCCCUAGGGCUGUUUCCCGUUCAAUUCUUGCUAGAGAUACUACAUGACUGGAUUAGGUCGCAGGGGAAGUUGAUAACUUCGAUGUCUCUUUUGUGCUUUCUCACUGUAAUGUGGGUCGGAAAUUUCCACUUGACUCUCGAAAAGUUGUUCGUUCUUUUUAUUAUUUGAUUUUUAUGAAGUAUACCAUACAUGCAUGUUGCAAAGAUGCAUUUUUCCGUUGUUUACGAGUAAAACACGAUUCAGUUUGGUGGAUGAAGCUGACUGAGUUCAAUUUAGGUUCUCUUGUCUCAGUCUCGAAUAGUCCGGUGAAUGACUGUACGUUGUAGGUAGAAUUAUCCAGAGCACUGUAGAUUAAUUGAAGAAUGUGCAUUUCUUGAUAACCAAAGAAAUGAAAAAGAAUUACUUGUGGGAAUUAAGUUAUGUUUUACGAAGUAUUCAUUGCUGAAACACCCAAAAAACUGAGAACAUUUAGUACUUGUGGGACCAUACUUUUUUUCUUAUAUACACCAGGUGGGCGGAGAUGAUCAUGCCGAAUGCAGAAAUAUCUGGCCGUUUCAUCACCUAAAAAGUAUAUUGACUGGUGGUCUCCAUUACACAUCAUGGGAAUUUUUUCCGUUGUCCUAGUUUUUCCUUUUUGAUUGUAUCUAAUCCUAAAAAUUGAAGUUUGGAGUUACUGGAAGAUUCCUUGGAUUAGUCCCCUCCCGCAUUUUCUGGGAGCAUAUCAAUAAGUCUUACCCACACAAACGGGAAAAAGGGUGCCUUAGAAAUCUAGCAGCUAAAUUCAUUAUAGAUUGUUUCACUAGCCGUAAAUCAUACAAAAAGUUCGCGAUGGUAUUGGGCACUGCAUAAUGUGGUAAUAUUCUUCAAUAUUGCACUCUCUUUUUAUUUCGCUUUCUUUUGCUCUGGCAGUAUAGAGAUUUGUUUGUUCACGUUUCUGGCAUUUUCUUUUUCCUGAUUGCUGAUUUAUUUUCUCCCUUGGUUGGAGCAGGGUACAACUGUUAGGGUGGAGUUUGGUGAUCGUACGACAACUUCUGAUCCAUCUAGUGACCAUGUCAUCCGUCGUUUAUUUCCACACACUUAUGGACAGCCUUUGGCUCACUUUCUGAGAGCGACAGCCAAAGUCGCUGAUGCACAGAUCAUUACAGAGCAUCCUAUCGUAAGGUUUGUGCUAACGUACCAUGUAUAGUUUUUUGUUUAUGUAAUUCUUGGUCAGUUGGUUCAGUAAACAAAGUCGAGAUUCAUUGGCAUCUUUUUUUUUUUCUUCUUAUUAUUUAUUCAAAAUAAAAAUCAAUCUAGUAUCUAAUCGGCACCUGUAAAAGUUUGUAUUUUCCUCCUGCCCUGAAAAUUCCCUCGCAUCGCCUUAAGGCUUUUGUAUUGAUAAGAUAAACUGGUAAAGAUUAAAAAAGGGAGUAAUUGCAUAAAGGCCUGAAGCUAAGUAUCAGUCAAGGAGGAUUCUUUUUUUCUCUUCAGGCAGAGGUCCAUCAUGCUUGUUGAUGUAUGCUUUUCUGUAUCUGAUGAUAUAGCUGCUCGUAAAAUGUCUAAUUGCAGGGUGGGAGUGGUAUUUUGUGGGAGGCAGUCCCCUGGAGGACAUAAUGUUGUAUGGGGCUUAUACAAUGCUAUUAAAAUUCACAACACGAACAGCACUCUGCUUGGAUUUGUUGGUGAGUCUGUUUUUUCAUGAUGCUUUUGUAUAUUCUAUCCCGUUAAAAUUGUGUUUUCUUUAGCUCCUUUGUUAUUUAUUUAAGUGCAUGUUCGGAAUUUAGUUUUUUAUUCGGUGUUUAUCUUGCGUCUUCACCUCUUAUGUUUCUUCUUGAAAUAUCAUGGCUCCACCAUUUCCUUUCGUCUAACUCAGUUUAUCCUUAUAUUUCUCAGUGUUUAUAUUUUCUUUUCUGUUCGUAUUAUGACACAUUUUAGUGAGGUGUUAACCACGUAACUUUGUAUAUUUUGUUAUUUUAAUCUUGUGGGUGACACGUUACCUAUUUUAUCUCCUAACGACGGUAUACUCUGACUUGCCAAUACCACACUUUCUCCACAAGGGUCUUACCACCUUCUUGAUUGACUAUUUUUGAGUUGUUAUAAUGCCAUAUGAAAUGAAACAGUGAGAUGGUCGUAUUGUGGUGUCAGGUGGAACUGAGGGUUUAUUUGCCCAAAAAACUCUGGAGAUUACUGAAGACGUCGUUUCUACAUACAAAAAUCAAGGUUCGUUUCAAAUAUAGUAGCCUUGGUCCUCAUGGAAGGUUUUGCGAUGUAUUUGCUCUCUAAUUGUCGGUGUUUUUUUAAUAUAAAAGGUGGCUAUGAUCUGCUGGGCCGGACAAAAGAUCAAAUUAGAACCAGUGAGCAAGUUAAUGCUACACUAAUUGCAUGUCGGAGUCUUAGGUUAGAUGGCCUUGUUAUUAUUGGAGGUAUUUUCUUACUCUUAGUUCCUGGGAAAUGCAUGCACCGUUUCACAUAUCUGUUUGCAGUUUAAUGACUUUUUUAUCUUUUGAAGGAGUGACGUCCAACACAGAUGCAGCUCAUCUCGCAGAAAUUUUUGCUGUGGCAAAAUCCCCGACUAAGGUGUUUGUCAUUAGCUUUUCAUAGAUAUUUAUACUAUUUCUUUCAUAUCUUGUUCCCGGUACAGAUUUUCUUGAAUAUACAUAUUUCUUGGUGAUAAUCCUAUUUUGUUUGGCAUUCUGCCGAAUAAGUACCGCGUGGUCUGAAACAAAUCAAUUUACUUAUUUUUCUAGUGUUUUCUGGACAGGUUGUUGGCGUCCCUGUCACAUUGAAUGGCGACUUAAAGAAUCAGUUUGUGGAGACAAGCGUCGGGUUUGACACGAUAAGCAAGGUAUAUCUAUAACCAGAGUUAUUACGUUUUUAUGGUGUUAUUUUACUGAUUUUUCAGUUUUGCUUUGUGCAUAUUACUCACCAUUUCACUAAAUAGCAUCGCAUAGCUUUUAGUAUAGCUAUGGAUUUUUUUUCGUCAUUUAAGGGCAUGAUGAUCGUCAAGUUUUCUCGAAUAUUAUUUUUUCUGGAUAUUCAUUUUAGUAAUUAUCUGUGAAUACUGAAUUAUAUCACAUUAUUCGAAAAUAAGAUGCCCAACUGUUGUGUCCAUGUGUUCAUCUUGUGUCUCACCCAGAUGCCAGCCGUCAGAACGGGCUAUAGUUGCUAAUCUGCCAUUUUUUACAUUGAAUCUAGAGUUGCCUUGGCAUCGCUGGUUUUGACAAAACUGAAUCGAGACACUUUGAGAUGUUAAGCUUUGAUACAUUUUCGCAUGUCCUAUUUUCAGGUUAACUCACAACUCAUCAGCAACGUCUGUACUGAUGCUCUCUCGGCAGAGAAGGUGACAUACUGUUCUGCACCCAGCUGUGGAUGGUUGUUAGUAGACUCUCGCGAUAAGACUCUGAAACGGGCUAUUACAUGACGAUUUCGUCUAAUUUUCUUGUUUUCAAAUAUCUUCUUCUCACGUGAGAUGCAGCAUCCUUUUCACUUUUCAUAUUUUUAUGCAUGUUAAUGGAAUUGUUGAAUUCAAUUUAUGUUAUGACUACGCCCAUUUUUUAAUUCUAUCUCUAGCUUUUAGUGGAAUUUACUGAACCGUUGUUAUCCUGUGCUUUUCAGUAUUAUUAUUUCAUUCGACUGAUGGGCAGAAAGGCAUCUCAUGUGGCACUGGAAUGCACGCUUCAGUCACACCCAAAUUUGGUUAGGUUCACCAUCUAUCAUCUCAUUUUUUCUUUCCUCAUUUCAGAAGUUUUUGUUGCCGCAAGAAACGAUCGUGAACAUAGCAGGUGUAUAAAAGAACAUCAAAAUUGCUUUUUAUUUAAGAUCGUCCCCGUUGCCCUCCCUUCUUAAUAAAAGGAAAAAUGCAUCACAGAUUACCUAUAAUUGCUAGUAUUCUUCAUUUUCCUCUUUAUUAUGUUUGCCGGUGCAUACCAGGAUCGAUAUGUUGAGAUUAUAAUAUACUUUAUCCUGUCAGGACCAGUUAGGAUGGUGUUUUCUGUGAUGAGUACCUUCUUUUUGUUGGCAAUAGACUUUCUUGGAUCUUGUCACUUGUGGCAAGAAGGUUUCCCUGACCUGCGGUCACUUGGGCCAUGCACAGUGCUCGCUUUGUCCAUAACCCACAGAUUAAUACAUCUCCAGGUAUCCGUCUUCCUGGUUCACAGAAUCUGACUGCAAAAAGGUUUCCAUGAUCUGCCGUCAAUUGGACCAUGCCCAAUGCUCACGUAUGUCCAUUAUCCGGAGAUUAAUACAUCUCCAGAUAUCGUCCUCCUGGUCCAUGGAAUCUGACCUCUCGUCAAUAAUACUCCCUUCCCACUUGUGGGUACAAAUCCGUGCGAUUGUUUUUGUUCACCUGCCUAUUGAUGUGAUCUGGUUGUUAUUGAUUACUUAACUCGACCACUUCCUUUGAUAUUAUUCUCCAAAAUGUCGUAAGGGGCAACUGUUCGGGAUUUCCUUUCCGGGGUAAAGCAAUGAGGAAAGCUUCUCUUUGAUGUAUUUUCUCACUACCGAUGACUUCAAAAAGAGGAGUAACCAGUGUUCCUUAUUACAAAAUAGCCACUUAACUCCAAUUCAUCACGGGAUUUUCUCAGGUGAUUCUAGGUGAGGAGGUGGCUGCAUACAAGCUCACAAUUUUUGACAUUACCAAACAAAUCUGUGAUGCUGUUCAGGCAAGGGCUGAACAAGGUAAACAGAAAAGGGUUUGCGAGGAGAUGGCUGAUCUUGUGAAUUGACCUCGUUUUCAUCUGCUGAUGGUCGUUCAUUUUUGUUACAGACAAGUAUCAUGGGGUUGUACUAAUCCCUGAAGGACUAGUAGAAAGCAUUCCAGAACUCUAUGCUCUCUUACAGGUGAUUGCCCGGUUAUAGAUUUGAAAUCCUUCUAUGCUUUCGUCAUAUAUUGACUCUUCCUUGUUGGUGGUUGUAUCAUAUUCCUGCUUACAGUUAUCGAAAUUUAAAUGAAUGUAGGAAAUUAAUGUGCUGUAUAAGCAAGGUGUCUCUGUUGACAAUAUUUCUACUCAACUUUCACCAUGGGCAUCUGCUCUGUUCGAAUUUCUCCCCCCUUUCAUCAGGAGACAGGUUCUCUUUCUCUCUCUCUCUCUCUCUCUCUCUCCCUCGCUUUAUGUAUAUAUAUACACAUACAUAUGCACGUAUAUAUAUAUAUACAUAUACAUAUAUAUGGAUAGACUCUGACCCAGUAUUUUUUUAUCCUUUGGUUAUGCAGCUGCUGCUUAUUCCAGAAUCAGAUGACUCUGCACAACUGUCACAGGUAAAAAUAACCCUUUGGGCGUCUCUACGAGGAAUCUGUGACAGAUGUUCUUAUUAGUUUUCCUGGGCAGAUUGAGAUGGAGAAACUUUUGGCCCAGCUGGUGGAGACAGAAAUCAACAAACGAAUGGUAAGUUUGUUUGUGUCAGAUCAAGAUAUGUACUAGAUCGGUUGCAAUAAAUAAGGAAAUCAUGGCACCCUUUGUAACCUGGACAUCAUGGUUAUCUUUGCAGAAAGAAGGCACAUAUAAAGGAAAGAAGUUCAACGCCAUCUGCCACUUUUUUGGCUACCAAGCUCGAGGGUCUCUACCUUCGAAGUUUGAUUGUGACUAUGGCUAUGUAUGACGACAAUCCUUGAUUUUUUAUACUGUCCUUCAUAGCUAUGCAAGUUUCUCACUGACAGAGAGGUUACCAUUAGGUGCUUGGUUAUAUCUGCUAUCAUAUUCUGGCUGCCGGUUUGAACGGUUACAUGGCCACCAUCACCAACUUGAAGAACCCUUCAAACAAGUGGCGAUGUGGCGCUGCUCCACUGACGGUGCUGCCUCUUAUUUAUGCCUUUCUAAAUCAUCGUCACCUCAGAUUUCGCUGGUUUCACAUGUUUUUGUUGACUUUCUUUUGGUGCUGAUAGGCCAUGAUGACUAUCAAACGUUGGGCCCGUGGUCCUGGGGCCAGCUCGAUUGGCAAACCUGCUAUUCACCCUGUCACGGUUGACCUGAAAGGGAAGGCGUAUGAGUAUGUUCUUUGACCACAUCGCAUUUAUCAGAUAUUACAAUAGAAAGUAAAGCAGUUAUGUCCCAAUGAUUCUUCAGUUCAGUCAAGUUCAUGCCUCAGUUAAGUGCUUUAACUCUGCAGGUUAUGGAGACAAAACGCUGCAAAAUUCUUGAUGGAUGAUAUCUACAGAAACCCGGGGCCCCUCCAGUUUGAUGGAGCCGGAUGCGAUGCAAAGACGAUAACAUUGUGCGUUGAGGAUCAAGACUACAUGGGUCGGAUCAAGAAGCUUCAAGAGUACCUAGACAAGGUUCCCCACAGCCACCAGUGCUCCUGUUACUACUUCGUCGUCUGUUUGAGUAUUAGAUACUAGAAAAUUACUGCAAUCAUCUCCAGGCCUCCUCCUUCCAUUUCCAAUUACCACCGCUGUAGAUUUAGCGGUCUGCUAUAAUCCGACUUCCUUGUUUUGCAGGUGAAGAGCUUUGUGAAGCCCGGCUGUUCACAGGACGUCCUGAAGGCUGCUCUCAGUUCCAUGGCUUCUGUGACAGACGUGCUGUCUGUGAUGACAUCUCCUUCCUUCACUGGCCACACACCCAUGUGA